CAGAGAGAACGUAACCACGUGCACCACUCCGCAACGAGUGCACUUUUAGUUACGUAGUAGUUAGCCUUCUAAGGUUGUGUUGUCAGUACUGCAUCAGUGGGAGUGUGAGACAAUACAUAUAGGCAGAACAUCAAAACCAACGUUUCUAUCUUUCUGUACCUAGUUCAUUCGUCACACCAAGUGGACGUUGUCACCAGUUUCGUCAUGUUUCAGGAUUGCAACAGCUGGGUGAUUCGGGAUGGAACAGUUUUGUGUGAAGGAAUGUCCCUUGAGCACCUGAGAAGGGAUCUUCAGUAUCAGUAUGGCCCCGGAGCGUCACCCUUGUUUGUGUACUCGUGUGCCACGCUGGUACACAAUGUCCGCUGCUAUCUCGACGCACUCAAAUCAAUGGGAGCAGCUGGGGUACUGGCGUACUCAAUGAAGGCCAACGGCAACCCAAGAGUGGCGGCAGCGCUGCUGGAGGCGGGUGUGCAGCGUGCCACUUGUGUUAGUGGUAAUGAAAUGAAAGCGGCAAUCAGAGCUGGAUUUCCAUUAAAUAAACUUAUUCUCAACGGAAAUGGAAAGCGCAAGUGGGAGGUGGAGGAAGCUGUGCGCGGUGGAUCAUUGCUUAAUGUGGACUCCAUCUUUGAUGCGUGUCGAGUGGUGGAAGUAGCAACCGAUGUGGGAUUACAGGCGAAAUUACUUUUGCGCCUUAACCCAGCUAUUGACGCCCUCACCCACCCGUACCUCUCCACAGCCAUGGCAGACUGCAAGUUUGGAAUAGAGGAAAGUCAAGUGAAACAGGUGCUGGGCGUGCUGUGGUCAGCACGGAACAGUGUGAAGGUCGAGGGCGUGCAUGUCCACUUGGGGUCUGCUAUCACAGACUUAUCUGUUUAUGGUAAUGUGAUGCAAUCCGUCUCUCGUGUUCUUUAUCAGAUUCGACAGUUUGGAUGGCAUGAUGCGGCUGUGGUGAACCUUGGAGGUGGCCUGGGAGUCUUCCCCGCGCCACACCAACUGCCCAGGGACCACCCACUGGCCCUCAUCGACACUGGCACUUCUAUGGAUCCCACGCCCACUCCUGCGGAUCUAAUGAAGGUGGUAUUACCUUUGCUACCAGAAGGUGUCACCCUGAUCCUCGAACCAGGCAGAUCUCUAGUGGCUUCUGCAGGUGUGUUGAUGACGGAGAUUUUGGGAGUAAAGACAAAUGGAGGAAAGGUGUUUGUAGUGACAGAUGCUGCCAUGACUGAGGUUAUUCGUCCCGCCCUUUACGGCUCUAAGCAUCCUGUGACUCGUCUCACGCAGCCAAAGACUGACACAAUCCUGAAGGAGGCUGCGCAUUUAGUGGACGUGGUAGGACCGGUGUGUGAGAGCGGCGAUUACUUGGCAAAGGAUUGUCGAUUACCGCCUCCAGCAGUUACCCAGGGGGACUGCCUGCUAGUGUGGAUGACAGGGGCAUACUGUUCUGCUAUGGCUUCCAACUACAACAUGCGACCUCACGUAAUGGAGGUCAUGGUUCACGGUCCCGCCAAUUACAAGAUUAUUCGACGCCCGCAGAAUUUUGAUGACAUCAUGAAGGAGUACCAGUAAGAAGCAUCGAAGUAGAAUUAUUACUGCUAGACUUUUCACAGUUAUUAAAACCUCAAGCUAUGUACAUUGCCUUGCAAAUAUUAACACCUUAAUACUGUAAUGUAACUCUUUAAUUCUGGUAUUUUUAUCAAGAUAAAGGAUAGACUGUAAUUAAAGCUUUUACUGUAAUGUUUUCUCUAACAGGGAUCAUGAUAUCAGGAACAAAAUAAGUGAUUAUUAAUAAAUGAAAAGUGGCUUA